AUGCACCUGACGUCCAACAUUACUUUGGUCCUGCUGGCCCUCAUCGCCGCUCUCGCCCUCGCCACGGCACUCCCUCCUCCCCUCCGCGGGCGGUACGUCCCGUCCAUGGCUCCCGGCAGCAGCGACCCCGAAGCGGCCUCCCAGCACGAUGGUGAUGUCGGCGGCGGCGGUUCGCAGAACAGGGUAGUCCUCCCCCACGGCGACGGGGCGGUCAGGUUGCCGGGCGUCAACCACAAGCCCGUCGUGGCGGCAGACGGCGGCGGCGGCGGCGGCGGAGCAGGCAACGGGACGGCGACGACGACCAUCUUUGGGAGGCGCUGCCGGCUGCUCACGCUGCUGGGCGGUGGCAAGAGGGGGCACUCGACGCUGCAGGCGGCCUGUCGCGACGGGGAGGAGGCGACGGGGACGUGGUGGCUCACGAGCUUGAACUUGAACCAGUGCUUGGGCAACGUCGGCGGCCGACUGGUCUUUCAAGAGCGCGGAAACUACGACGAGACGUGCCGGCCGUGCGGUAUUGAGGCGCUGGGCCCGGACGGCCCGGUGAUGAUGCGGUGCGCGUGUGUGCCGGCGCCGGGUCGCGCGCCGACGUUUACGGAGCUGCUUUUGGAUAGUCAAGAGGGCGGCCGGGGUAUCUGGGUGGCUGGCGGGCGACUGGUGUGCGGCGCGCAGCAGGGCACCAAGAGCCCUCGCUAUAUCGCAAGCUCUGGCAUCAAUGAGACUUGA